AUGACCGAUACCACCAGCACCACAAGUGAACAUUUCCAAAAACCAGACACUAUUGAUUCCCCACCCAUUUAUAACAAACCGAAUGCCUAUGACGAACAAGAAAUCGUGUACGAUCGACCUCAUGAAAAAGAUGAGCAGCCCUCAGAAUCCGGUGAAGCUAUAGAGACAGUGGUACAACUUGCUGUUGGCCAUAAUAAACGACCUGUCAGUCCCAUACAAGACAAUGAGCCAGGUCAAGGCAAGGAAACCAUACCCAAAGCGGACGAUAACGUGGUACACAACAGCAAAAAUGACAGCGCCACGAGCAUAUUAUCCAGUAACAGCGAUGCCAGUAGUGACAGUAGUAGCAGUCGCGAUAGUACAAGUAGCGAUGUUUUUGUUACGACCAAGAAAGGAUCAAAUAAUAAUAUGCUGAUGUAUGAGCUCCGCAAACAUGCCCUGGGCAAGCCACACAUGCACGACAUUUAUCCCUAUGGAAGCAAGACGGUCGCCUUUCGCAAAGUCCAGCCACACUCAUACUCUUGGGGCUUCCAAAACAUCUUGUACCGUGCUGCUGCUGAUGGCAAGGAAAGCAAUGCUGAAGAAGACGCCAAGUUGGCCGAAACUCGACGACGUGCAUUCCAAAAGGACAUUAUCAUCGAAUGCGGUACCGAGCAGCAAGAAUUGGUGAACAAGACCAAAUCGCACCUGAUGUUUAGCUACGAAACCAUUUAUCAAGGCUUUUGGUUACGUUGGAGACGACCUAGCUUGCUGUCCCAUGACAUGACGUGUGAGGUAGCGCCUUAUGAGGGACCAUUACCGGCAGAAGGACAGCCACGGCGUCGACGGAACUGGAAGCUGUUGGCUGAAUUUGAUAGUCAUCGGAUGGGCUACUUGAUCCAUUUGGGUCGAUUGGCUAUUGAUCAGACUGCAGUGGCAUUGUUUGAGGACCCGGAACUGAUAGAGGCACAUCUGUUGAUAUCUUGUUGUACUUUGGUUGAUCUGAUGCGCGAGGUUGUGGAAAAGGCCGUUGGUCUGGGCGAAGGAGGCGUGGCCGGCAGUAGUUAG